ACACACACACACACACACACACACACACACUCGCCAUUUGGCCUCGAUAGAGUCAAGACGUGUGUUAUUUUUACUCUCAUUCGAAAACUUGCCACUUUGCUCUCACUUCUGUACAAUCAGUGAAAAUGGCAGACAAUUGUCUAAAUGACAUAAAGUCAGCUAUUACAAAUAUGCAUAAAGCCCUUAAUUCUCAUCAACGUGUCCAUCCUGAAGUCACAGGUCCUGCAAAAGAAUUAGCUGUCCAAUCCCAAAAACUACUUGAUUUAUAUCUGUCUAUGACAGAUCAACUUAAAUCUCAAAUCGACAAUUACCGUCUUUUAAUCAAUGACACUCAAACCGACAACAAUGAAAAACUCCAAAAAAUCUUGGAUAAACUUGAAUCAACUCCUGCUAACGAAAAACCCACACCGUACAAUGUUGUUGCUCAAAACCCACCAAAAAUAAACUACAAGACUGUUCUUGUCAAACCAAAAAAUAACCUGCUCAACCCACCACAAACAAAGGAAGCUAUAUGCAAUUCUAUCCCAGCAUGCGACAUUAAAUGCAACCAAAUUUCAAUUAACAAAACCAAUGUUGCUUUUAAGUUCUCCAACGAAAACAGUAAAAACAAAUUCCUCAAAAGUGUAAGUGAAAAUCCUGAUCUUAACACAGCCAUGGAAGCCUAUGAACCAACACCUAAAUGCCCAACAAUUAAGCUUAAAAAUAUUGAUUAUUCCACCAACGAAUCCGAUAUAAUAAACCAGCUCAUCAUGCAAAAUGACAUGCAAGAUCUCAAAAACCACAUCAAACUUCUUUUCACAAUCAAAAAACGGCAUUACUUCGACGCCAUUUUGUGCGUCUCUCCCCAUGUUUACGACCUUUUGUUUCAACGAACUUUGUUUAUUGGCUGGUCUGCAUGUAUUGCAGAACAAACAUUUCUUCUAGGCCACUGCAGCAAUUGUCUUAGUUUCCAACAUCGAACAAAGGAUUGUCCCAAUAAGAGUAGUAAGAAAUGUAAAAACUGUGGAAUUUCAUUCUCGACCACACGCAUAAACAAUCAACAAUCUGAAUUCAUAACACACAUCAAAAACUGUUCUCAUUUCAACUGCUGCCACUGUGCCGAAAAAAAUCUCCCCGCUGAACACCCAGCACUCACCGACCUUUGCCCUCUAUACUGCAACAAAAUUAAACAAACAUGGGAUAGAACAUGUUAUGAUAGCUCUACAAAAGUUAAAUUCUUUAACAAACUUUCCAUUCCCAACGUAACAAACAAUAACCCCUCCACCCAAUCCCCCUCUCCCUCCACACCCUAAUCACUGUUCACGGACCCCUGUCUCUCAACACAACGACACCCAUCUUCAUCUGUGGAGACUCUAACAGCAGCCACACUCUGUGGAACAGUAGCGCCGACACCCCCAAAGGCUCCAAAUCCUUGAACUAAUAUAUCAAUUCGAUCUUACAGUCC